AUUGAUUCUAAUAUAGUUUCUUUUAGUUAGUUUGACGAAUACAUUCAAAUCUAAAAAUCGAAUAAAUAUGGUAUGUCAUAAAUUUUCUGCGAUUUGACAUGACAUAAAAAAAUGACACCAAAUUUUGAGGUUUGAUCAAGAAUCUUCUAGAAAUCAUUCCCACAAAAUUUUUCUCGUUCGCCAAUUAUACUAUUUAAGAUUUUCACAUCCAUCCAGUUUGAUUCUAUAUUGAUAAUCACUAGUAAUUAGAAGAUAAGAAACUACUAAUAUGUCAACCGCAGACGAAUAUAAGGCUCAAGGUAAUAAACACUUUGCAGCUAAGGAAUUUGAUCAAGCAAUUGAAUUUUUCACUAAAGCAAUCGAAGCUUCAGAAACCCCAAAUCAUGUAUUAUAUUCAAACCGUUCUGGUUCUUACCUUUCUUUAAAGAACUUUAAGAAUGCAUUGGAAGAUGCGGAAGAAUGUGUCAAGAUUAACGGUACUUGGGCUAAAGGUUACAAUCGUGUGGCUGCUGCUCAUUUCGGGUUAGGUAACUUUGAUGAUGCUAAACAGAGUUAUACUAAGGCUCUUGAAUUAGAUCCAACCAAUGCUAUGGCUAAGGAAGGGUUAAAGAGUGUUGAAAAUGCUGUUGCCAGUAGAAAUGCUAAACCAGAUUUAGGUUUAGGUGGUAUGUUUUCUGAUCCAAAUCUUAUCACCAAUUUAAGAAAUAAUCCAAAAACAGCUGAAUAUAUGAAUGAUCCAGCUUUAGUUCAAAAACUUCUUAAUUUCCAAUCUAAUCCACAAGCUACUAAUCCAACUGAAUUAUUGGGUGAUCCAAGAUUAAUGCAAAUCAUGGCUGUAAUGAUGGGUCUUGAUUUAAAUAUGCCUGAUCCAGAAGCUUCAGUUCCAACUCCAAGUUCAUCUUCUCAACCAGAGGAAGUUAAAGCAGAAGAGCCAAAAGCUGCUCCAAAAGUCGAAGAACCAGUAAAGAAAGAAGAACCAAUUGUCUCUGAAGCUAAGGAUGUUGAAAUGGAAGAACCAGAAGAAGAACAACCAGAAUCUGAUCACAAGGCUGAAGCUGAUGCAGCUAAAGCUCAAGGUAACACUUUAUAUAAACAAAGAAAAUUCGAUGAAGCCAUUGAAUAUUAUGAAAAAGCAUGGAAUUUACAUAAAGAUAUAACUUAUUUAAAUAAUCGUGCUGCUGCCGAAUAUGAAAAAGGAGAUUUUGAUGCCGCUAUUAAAUCAUGUGAACAGGCUAUCGAUCAAGCCAGAGAUUUAAGAGCUGAUUAUAAAAUCGUUGCUAAAUCCUUUGCCAGAUUAGGUAAUACUUACUUAAAGAAAGAUGAUUUACAUAAUGCCGUUAAAUAUUUCGAUAAAUCAUUAACUGAACAUAGAAAUGCUGAUAUCUUAAAUAAAUUAAGAUCUACUCAAAGAGAAAUCAAAAUAAGAGAAGCCAAUGCAUACAUUGAUCCUGAAAAAGCCGAAGAAGCUAGACUUCAAGGUAAGGAAUACUUCUCUAAGGGUGAUUGGCCAAAUGCUGUUAAAGCUUAUACUGAAAUGGUUAAGAGAGAUCCAGAAGAUGCUAGAGGUUACUCCAAUAGAGCUGCUGCUUUAGCUAAAUUAUUAUCAUUCCCAGAUGCUGUUGAAGAUUGUAAUAAAGCCAUUGAAAAAGAUCCAACUUUUAUAAGAGCUUAUAUCAGAAAAGCUAAUGCUCAAUUAGCCAUGAAAGAAUAUACCCAUGUUAUGGAAACGUUAACUGAAGCUAGAGAAAAGGAUUUAGCAUUAGGUGAAGGUAAGAAUGUCAACGAAAUUGAUCAAUUAUAUAAUAAGGCUGCUUCUCAACGUUUCCAAGCCAUUGAAGGUGAAACUCCAGAACAAACUAUGGAUAGAGUCUCCAGAGAUCCAGAAAUUGUCGCUAUCUUGCAAGAUCCAGUUAUGCAAGGUAUAUUAGGUCAAGCCAGAGAAAACCCUGCUGCCUUACAAGAUCAUAUGAGAAACCCAGAGGUUUCCAAAAAGAUUAAUAUGUUAAUUGCUGCUGGUGUUAUUCGUACAAGAUAGGUUGUUUUGGGAUAACAGUAUAUAGUUUAUUUUAUUA